CUGUGGCGCGCCAUAUGAUUCCGUAGUUGCGUUACUUAUGGAUUUUUCAAUUCUUAUUCACACUUGUCCCUAUAUUUUUAAAUAAUGCUCGAUUCUUCAUCAAGUGAAGAAGAGGAAGGUGUAAGUGGAUUUACAAAUUAUGGAAAUAAAUCCACUGUGUCAAAUGUUGCUGUUUGUAGUAAAGUUCCAGUUCAGUCAAGUGUAGCUCUUACAACUAGUCGGGUACCAGCAGAUAACGUCGGGGGAGGACAACGAGGUGUGCAGUCUAGGUCUUUACGUACUACUUCUAAUGAUGUUAGCACUACAUAUGGACGCCAAAAUUCAGUUUCUUCCCAUCAGAUUGAUAGUACCGAUCAUAGUCAUUCUCCACAUUCUAAACAACGUCAUACGCUAGCAUCAAAAGGUCAAGUAAUUUCUAGUCAACAAGGCCGACCAUCUCGUCAAUGGACAAAUGAAACAUUUUCACGCAGUGUUUACAGUCAAGAAUCUCAACAUCAAACUUAUAGCAGUAUGCAAGAAGAUGAUGAAAUAUCUAUGUCCUCUAUGAGUUUAAACACUCAUUCGCCACAACAGCAAUCACAAUCAAAGUUUUUGAAACAUAAUACUGUGGAACGAUAUGCUCGUGAAACGCAUGGAAGUAGUUCCUACAGUGUGAAUAGUACAAAUAGCGCUCCUAAUGCAGAAUCUACAGAAUCUCAUCAAGAAAAGCACGAAAGUCGAAAUCCAUCAUUAGUAUCACAGAGUCAAGAUUUAGGCACUGUGAUUAAUCAACCUGUUGUUAUUCUUAGAGAUCCAGCAGCGUUAGAACAAGAAAAGCUUGAACGUGAAGAACAAGAAAGACGUAAAGCUCUACAAUUAUAUGUCUUUGUAAUGCGUUGCAUAGCAUAUCCAUUUUAUUCCAAACCACCGACAGAUUUAAUACGUCGUUAUUUAAAAAUAACUAAGCAACAAUUGAAUACAUUUAAAGAACGUUUUCAGGCAUUUCUUAGUGGGGAAUUAGAUGUUGUCGGUGACGAAGCGUUUACAAAUGCCAUACAAAGUUAUUAUGAAGGAUUUUUACAUAGUGAUCGUGUAGCUAGUAUGGUUCGUGGCGGUGGUUGUUCAAUGCAUGACUUUCGUGAAGUAUUUCGAUUAAAUAGUGAACACCGUGUACAGUUUUUACCAGAAAUUGAAGGUUUGAAUAAAGCGAAUGUUGUCAGUGCGUGGAUGGUAAAGUUUGAUCAAAUAUGUCGUGGUGGUGCUGGACCAUCUACGGUUUUACAAAAAUUACAGGUUCCUCAGCCUGAAUUAGUGAUGACUAAAGAACAAUUGUAUGAAUUGUUUCAAGCUACAUUAGGAGUAAAAAAAUAUGAACAUCAAAUUUUGUACAAUGCACUACAAUUAGACAAUGCUGAUGAACAAGCUGCUCAAGUUCGUCGUGAAUUAGAUGGACAGUUACAAGCAGUUGAAGAGUUGUCUAGAAGUCGUCAAUUUCCUCGUUUAGUUGUAAAAAAUAUGGAAAGUUUAUAUGUAGAUGAAUUGCGUAAAAUGGUUGGUGAAUUAAUGCUUCGAUUAGAGUCUGUUCCAGUGGCUAGAGGUUCUAGUAGCUUUCAAAAAUUUAAAAAAGCUAGCCGGUCACAAAAUUCUGGUACAAAUUCACCUAGUCUUCCUUAUAAAGAACAUAAUGAUGAAAUUAAUGAAUUGAACUUCAAGAACAAAUUGGGUAUUCAAUUAAGUUUUUCAGUUGAGAUUGUUGUUGGUCAAGUGAAAAAUCUGAAACAUCUACCAACCAAUAAAAUGGUUUAUUGUACCAUGGAGGUUGAAGGUGGGGCUCGAUUACAAACUGAUUCAGCUGAAGCUGGAAAACCAGUGUGGGGUACACAGGGUGAUUUUUCAACUAAUCAACCUCUUCCUACAGUCAAGGUAAAAUUGUAUGCCGAAACCUCUGGACUUUUAUCACUUGAUAGUGGCAAAGAGUUGGGUCGCGUUAUCUUAAAUCCUACAUGUACUGGUAAUCGUCAACCAGAAUGGUAUAAAUUACAAACUUCUAAAAAUGUACCGGAUGACUUACAACUGCAGCUCACAUUGCGUAUGGAGAAACCAAAUAAUCUAAAACAUUGUGGUUAUUUAUAUGCAUUAGGUCGAACAGCAUUUCGAAAAUGGAUACGACGUUAUAUUUGCUUAAUACAGGUAUCACAGUAUACGUUUAUUAUGGCAUCCUACAAAGAGCGUAAAUCGGAUCCAACAGAGAUUAUGCAAUUGGAAGGAUUCACAGUUGAUUUUUGUGAUUUUCAAACUGAUUUAGCAGCUACUGGCGGAAAAUACUUUUUUAAUUUAGUAAAAGAAGGUGAUAGUGUAAUGUUUGCAACAGAUGAUGAAAAUGAACGUCAACUAUGGAUACAGGCAAUUUAUCGUGCUACUGGUCAAACACAUAAACCAGUACCACCAUCAAAAAUUAUAAGUGGAAGUAACAAUAGUAACUUGCAAAAUGUUUCUCUCACUCCUGACAAUAAAUCAUCGUCAGCUACCUCAAUACUAACUUCUCGUGGUAAUACUUCCAGCAUAGGAAGUAGAACUCAAGGUGAUGUGGAUCGUGCACGUAAACAUGGUCUUGAUGAAUUUGUCAGUAUUGAACCAUGGAAAGUGAAUCAUGCUGAAUUAUUUGCAUUAUUACAAUCAAAAUCAUUAGAUUAUCGUAUGAAAGAUUCAUAUGUAUCACUUGGUUGGUUUAGCCCAAGUCAAAUGUUUAUAUUAGAUGAAUAUUGUGCACGUUACGGUGUACGUGGUUGUCAUAGACAUUUAUGUUAUUUAAGUGAUUUACUUGAUCGAGCUGAACAGGGCAUAAUUAUAGAUCCAGCUAUUGUACAUUAUUCAUAUGCAUUUUGUUGUUGUCAUGUAUUCGGUAAUACUCAAGAUACAAAUAUCCGAACUGUUCUAGUUGAUGAACGUCAAAUGUUCAUGGGGAUUCGUCAACGUCUUUAUGCUCUUCUAGAAAAACAAAUUACAGAGUUUCGUUAUUAUUUUCCUUUUGGACGUCCAGAAGGUGCAUUAAAAUUAACUCUGGGAUUGUUAGAAAGAGUCCUUAUGAAAGAUACCGGUGCUCCAGCUUCAGCUGAAGAAGUACGCGAAGUAAUAAGGCGAUGUUUGGAACAAGCUGCUUUGGUAAAUUAUGCUCGUAUAUCUGAAUAUGCAGCAAUUGAAAGCGGUCGUGAUAAAGGUGGUGAAUAUUCACAAACAAGUAGUAAGACUUUGGCUGACCUUAUUCACUUGGGUGAAUUGUGUAUUGAGGUACUACGUCAAAAUGAAGAACAUCAUGCAGAAGCGUUUUCAUGGUUUCAAGAUUUGCUAACUGAACAUGCAGAAUUGUUCUGGAAUUUUUUCUCAGCCGAUAUGGUUGGUGUAUUAGAAACAAUGCCACCCGAUUGUUGGGAUAGUUUUCCGUUAUUUCAACUAUUAAAUGAUUACCUAAGUUCAGAAGUUUCAUUAAAAUCAGGAAAAUUUCAUCAACAACUAACACAAAUAUAUGCACCUUUAGUUGUACGUUAUGUUGACCUUAUGGAAGCUUCAAUUGCUCAAUCUAUUAAUGGUGGUGUCGACGGACAAUUGAACAAUCAAAAUAAUACAAAUAGUUUUGAUUCAUCUAGUACUACCGGUACAACCUCAACCACUACAGGAUUCGCAGCAUCCGCUUUAGAAACUGUUGGUGCUUUAGGCAAUGUAGGCUCAUUAGUUAGUGCAGCUGCGGUUGGUGCAGCCAAUGCAGCGAAUGUUGCAAGUCGCACAGGUGGUUUAAUGGCAGCUGCCACUGCAGCAGCCAGUGCUGCUACACAAGCUGCAACAAACCCAACAUCUAUUGGUAUGACAAGUUGUAUACCGGUCACUUCAAGUGAAUUAAUAUGGAAGUUAGAAGCAUUGCAAAAUUUUAUUCGAGAACUACACUGGCCUGAUAUAAUAUUUGCUGAACAUAUGGAUAAUCGUUUAAAAAUGAUGGCUGGUGAUAUGAUAGAUGCUGCGGCCCAACGUAAUUUAAAUUGCUUUGAUUCAUGGCUGAAACGUUCAUCGAAAGGCACAGAUUUUAUACUACCUAAUGAAUGCUGUAAUAUGAUCAACACUGUAAUUGAACUAAAAGCAAGUAUAUUGAAAUUAUGUACAAAAGAUACUAAAGGGGAAGAUAUGCAUGAAUAUCAAAAUCAAACAGAAACUAACUUAGAACGUGUACAGCGAAAAAUGGCAAUAUUAUUAAAUGAUAAAAUGGGUAAAAUAUUGGAAGGAAAUUUAAUGAAACUAGCUCGUUAUGAUGUGAAUACUUUACUUUCAUCAGUACUAUCAUUAACUAAACCUACGGAUGAAAUUGGCAAAGCAUAUGUUGAGUUUCUUCGUGUCAAUUUAGAACAAAUGCGUCAAAAAGUCUCUGAUGAACUGUAUAUUUUAUCAAUCAUGGAAACAUGGUAUAUGACACAAACACGAAUGAUCAAUGAUUGGCUUAUUGAACGUAAAGGAAAUGCUUUAAGUCCUUAUCAAUUCACAUGUCUUUCUACCAUUAUUAAAAAAAUGUAUUCCGAUUUUGAACUUCAAGGUAUAAGCCCAGAUGCAUUGGAUACAAUGGCUUACAAAACAAUUAUGCAAAGACUUCAAAUGGAAGAAACUGCUCAAGCUGUUCGACCUGAUAUAGGAAGUAGUCCAACACGAUCGAUAAUUGGUACAAUAACAGGCAGUCUAAGUGGCAUUCCAAAACCUGGAUUCCUUAGUAAAAUGUAACAAUUAUAAGAAACAAAACAACAAAGCACUGUCAACUCAUCCUUCAAUUCACAUACACAUAGAUAGGAGUUUUAUGUUAAUCUUCAAAGACUGCUGUGAAUUGUUCUUUUCCUAGCUUUUAUUUCCUUAUAUUUUUGCCAACUAUUUAUAGUUAUUUCCAUACAAAAUAAGAAAUAUAAACUCGACGUUGAUAAUUUUAUGCCAUUCUAUACAUUGAAUUUGUUUCAUUGAGAAAAAAUCUUUGGAAAAUAUUUUAUGUUAAGGAUUUAUUAGAAAAACAAGAAAAAAGCAAACUUUUCUAAUUCUUUGAUUAAUAAUCAGUGAACUGUUAAUAUGUACUUGUUUGUUGGGAAACAAAACAACAGUAGAAUUUAAUGGAUUUAGAAUUACUAACAGAACUGUGGAAAAUUUGUGAUGGUUUUAUCCGUAGAGUAAACCAUGGAUUGUGUGCUUCUUUUCCUUAAAAAUAAAUUUUAUCUUUUAAUUCAUUGUUAACUUUAUUUCAAUUACAUGUUCAAACAAUAACAUCAAUACAGGACGUGUACUAUGUAUGUGUAUAUGAUUCAAAAUUAUCUUAAAAAGUGCUUUUAUGAACAGAAUUCUCUGGUAUUCGUGGCUGUGGUUUUAAUGAAGACGACAGCAACAAGAAACAGAUUGCAACACAAAUUACUGCCAACUACCAAUUCAUCUUGUAAAAAUUCAUGCCCUUCCCUCUCUUCUAACAAUAUUCACUGUAGCCUUGUAUAAAGAAUUAUCAGAACAAACAGAAACCAGUUAACGAAAACGAAACUGGACUUUAUUCACUCAAUACUAAAUACAGAUAAUACUUAUUAUUUUCUCUUUGAUGAUCCAGUAUUUUUUGCAAACAUUUCAUUUUUAUUACAGUUAUAUAUUAACAUAAGAAAUACAUUUAUUCUCAUACAGCGCGUGUAAUGAAUUCCUGCAAAUGUAAGAAAAAAAUAUAUUUUAUUAUCACUAAAAUGUUAGUUGAUUCAACUAAUUUGAACCCUGCUGAUAUCACAACUCGAUAAUGAUAACAAACUAUAUUACUGAUCAUUAAGUUUCAUUAAUUUCUUUACUAAUAAUAUGCAUUAUAGAAACUAAAAUAAUCAUUUUUUUUAUUAUUUGCUCUCCGUAGUUAAAGCAAUCUAUUAUGCUCAAGAACGAGUACUGUUUUAAAUAUACCAUCUUUAUUGUUCAUGACAACCUUACUCAUCAUUUGAUUACUCUAAUACAUCAUCAUACAGAUCAGUUUAUUUUCACUAUGUUCUUUCUCGCUUUGAAUAUAUAGUUUCCUUCAUAUUUCAAGAAUACUACUUACUAAUUACUAUCGUAUACAUGCAAUGGUUUUUUUUCUAUUAUGGCGAGGGAUCUCAAAGUUAACGAGCAAUAUUACCAACAAUGAUUAUCUUUCUAUAACUAGUCUUAUAAUCAUGAUUACUGGUAAUUUUAUUAAGUUUCUCCUCUUUAUAUAUAUAUAUAGCAUAGAUAAUACAGUUAUUUGGUAACUUUUUGCUACUGUCACUACUUACUCCUUGUAGUGGUACCAGCAGUAAUUCUACUAGUAUGUAACUGGGAUUUCCUUUUUUGGAGGUGAAAUAAAAAUAAUACUAUUGU